GCGGGCGGGCGGGGGGAGCCGCCGCCAGCCGGGUGCGCGGCGACCUGAUCCCUGUCCAACAUGGUCGCCGCUCACACCUCCCAUUCCUCAUCCUCCGGCGAGUGGAUCGCUUGCCUGGAUAAAAGACCUUUGGAACGUUCUAGUGAAGAUGUAGAUAUAAUAUUCACACGACUGAAAGAAGUGAAAGCUUUUGAGAAAUUUCAUCCAAACCUUCUCCAUCAAAUAUGCCUCUGUGGAUAUUAUGAAAAUCUGGAAAAAGGAAUCACAUUAUUCCGUCAGGGUGAUAUUGGGACGAACUGGUAUGCUGUUCUGUCAGGAUCACUGGAUGUGAAGGUUUCUGAUACAAGCAACCACCAGGAUGCUGUGACAAUAUGCACUCUGGGAAUAGGAACUGCUUUUGGAGAAUCCAUUCUGGAUAACACUCCUCGCCAUGCUACCAUCGUUACCAGAGAGUAUAGUGAGCUCCUUCGAAUUGAGCAGAAGGACUUUAAAGCACUGUGGGAGAAAUAUCGACAGCAUAUGUCUGGACUUCUCACUCCUCCUUAUGGUGUUAUGGAAACUGGCUCCAACAAUGACAGAAUGCCAGAUAAGGAUGGUAUGUCAAGCAGUGCUCUUUGUCAAGUUUCUAAAAAUUGUAAUAAGACACCUCUUACUGAACCUCACAUCUCACAUCGUCCUACUAAAACCAUUACACAGGUUCCUUCAGAAAAGAUCCUCAGAGCUGGAAAGAUUUUGCGGAAUUCAAUUCUGUCCCGAGCCCCUCACAUGAUAAGAGAUCGUAAAUACCAUCUGAAGACUUACAGGCAAUGCUGUGUGGGGACAGAACUAGUUGACUGGAUGAUGCAGCAAAGUCCUUGUGUCCAUUCACGAACUCAGGCUGUUGGCAUGUGGCAAGUAUUGCUGGAAGAAGGUGUUCUUAACCAUGUGGAUCAGGAGCACCACUUUCAAGACAAAUACUUAUUUUAUCGAUUUUUGGAUGAUGAGCGUGAAGAUGCCCCCUUGCCAACUGAGGAAGAUAAAAAGGAGUGUGAUGAGGAGCUACAGGACACUAUGCUGCUUCUGUCUCAGAUUGGGCCAGAUGCUCAUAUGAGGAUGAUUCUCAGAAAACCGCCUGGCCAGAGAACUGUAGAUGACUUAGAAUUUAUAUAUGAAGAACUUCUUCACAUUAAGGCCUUAUCUCAUCUUUCUACCACAGUAAAGCGAGAAUUAGCAGGUGUCCUCAUUUUUGAGUCACAUCCCAAAGCAGGAACAGUCUUAUUUAAUCAGGGAGAAGAAGGUACUUCAUGGUACAUUAUCCUAAAGGGAUCAGUAAACGUAGUCAUUUAUGGCAAGGGUGUGGUAUGUACUCUACACGAAGGAGAUGAUUUUGGCAAGUUAGCACUUGUGAAUGAUGCUCCCAGAGCAGCAUCCAUUGUUCUGCGUGAAGACAACUGCCACUUCUUGAGAGUGGACAAGGAGGACUUCAACAGGAUCCUUAGGGAUGUGGAAGCAAAUACAGUAAGACUCAAAGAACAUGACCAAGAUGUCUUGGUGUUGGAGAAGAUCCCAGCAGGAAACAGAGUUUCUAAUCAAGGAAAUUCACAGCCUCAGCACAAGUAUAUUGUGAUGUCAGGAACUCCAGAGAAAAUUUUAGAGCACUUUCUAGAAACUAUGCGCCUUGAAGCUACUUUAAAUGAAGCAACAGAUUCUGUUUUAAGUGAUUUUAUUAUGAUGCACUGUGUUUUUAUGCCAAAUAGUCAGCUCUGUCCAGCCUUGAUGGCACACUAUCAUGCCCAGCCUUCCCAGGGUACAGAGCAGGAGAAAAUGGAUUAUGCCCUCAACAAUAAAAGGCGAGUCAUUCGACUGGUUCUGCAGUGGGCUGCUUUAUAUGGAGAUUUACUACAAGAAGAUGAAGCAGCAAUGGCCUUUUUGGAGGAAUUUUAUGUAUCUGUAUCAGAUGAUACUAGAAUGAUUGCAGCACUAAAGGAGCAACUUCCAGAGCUAGAGAGAAUUGUAAAGCAAGUUUCUGAAGAACCUAAAGCACCACAAAAGAAGCACAAAGUUCUUCUGCAGCUGUUCAACACAAGUGAUGACAGAGCACAGAAACGCCAGCCUAUCAGGGGCAGCGACGAAGUUCUGUUUAAGGUGUACUGCAUAGACCAAACCUAUACCACUAUCCGGGUGCCAGUGUCUUCCUCUGUGAAGGAAGUGAUCAGCGCAGUAGCAGAUAAACUGGGUUCUGGAGAAGGCCUCAUCAUAGUAAAGAUGAGUUCAGGAGGAGAAAAAGUUGUGCUCAAACCUCAUGAUGUUUCAGUGUUUACAACUCUCAGUGUUAAUGGACGGCUGUUUGCUUGCCCACGUGAUCAGUUCGAUUCAUUGGCACCAUUACCAGAACAAGAAGGACCAUCUACAGGUACAGUGGGAACGUUUGAACUGAUGAGCUCUAAAGACCUAGCACAUCAGAUGACAAUUUAUGACUGGGAGCUCUUCAACUGUGUGCAUGAGCUGGAAUUGAUCUAUCACACUUUUGGAAGGCACAAUUUCAAAAAGACCACAGCAAAUCUGGACUUGUUUUUAAGAAGAUUUAAUGAAAUUCAGUUCUGGGUGGUCACUGAGAUUUGUCUUUGCUCUCAACUCAGCAAGCGUGUUCAGCUGUUAAAGAAGUAUAUUAAGAUAGCAGCCCACUGUAAAGAAUACAAAAAUCUGAAUUCCUUUUUCGCUAUCAUUAUGGGUCUGAGUAAUGUUGCUGUGAGCCGUCUCUCGUUAACAUGGGAGAAACUUCCAAGCAAGUUCAAGAAGAUCUAUGCAGAGUUUGAAAGCUUAAUGGAUCCAUCAAGAAACCAUAGGGCCUACAGACUAACUGUAGCUAAAUUGGACCCUCCAAUAAUUCCUUUCAUGCCACUACUUAUAAAAGACAUGACAUUUACUCAUGAGGGAAACAAGACAUUCACUGACAAUCUAGUAAACUUUGAAAAAAUGCGCAUGAUUGCCAACACUGUCAGGACGGUGAAAUUCUGCCGAAGCCAAUCUUUCAAUCCCGAUGCAGCCCUGACUAAUAAGAACCAUCAGGAUGUUCGGAGCUAUGUGCGGCAAUUAAAUGUGAUUGACAACCAGAGAACUUUAUCACAGAUGUCUCACCGACUAGAACCGCGUCGAGCAUAAACAUUUGAAGCAAUGAUGAGAAAUGAUCUUUUAUCCUGUCAAGGUCACUUGUUCAGAACUUCACUUUCUCUGCUACUGCACUGCCACUACAAAAAUAAGCAAAAACAUAUUCUAAGGUCUUGGGCAACGCACAGCGUGCCAGCCUGUCAGAGAACUUUGGCUGAGGAAGAAUUUAUGCACUGUAGCUGUACAGGUGGCCAUGUUGUGAACUGUUAAUUCAUCUUAAAGUGUAGUAAAUGAUUUCUCAUAUGGAUAAAAAAAGGCAAAAGAUAAAAUAGAAUAGUUAGUGAAAAAUGCACAAAAAGCUUCUAACAAUUCUAAGGGAGGCAGUGUUUUUCUCCCUAGAUUUAGUCUCCAGGUCAGGACCAAAACUAAGCAUCAGUUUAGCUUGCCCAGCUGCUGUUGACCUCAGUAGAAGAUGUAUGUAAAUGUCUGAUGAAAGAAUGUAGGCUCAAAAGAGGUCCGAGGUAUAGUUCCAUUCAGAGAAGACUUACAAAUAUUUCCAUCUGAAAUACAACAGAUACUAAGAAAAACUUCUGGUCUUACUCGUACUGCCUACUACUGCAAGCAGUGUGGCCAUUUCAGAGAACUGACAGGACUGAAAAUAUUUUGAAUGAUAAAUAUAUUAAUCUGUGUUUACAUUUUACUUCUUUUUUUAACCUACCAAUCAGGUUUUUACAAAAUUCCAUUAUGACAGUAAGGUUGUCAAAAUCAAUAGCAAAAAGGUAGCAAAGGACUGGUUCAAAAAGAGCACAAUAUGCACAAACAGAUUUCAAGAGAAUAAUUUCCUGGACAUUAAAACCUUAAACUUCAGCUAUAAUUAAUUGUGGCUGGUUAACACAUAUUUUAUGGUCUUAAGCAUUUACAGAUAUCUUACUUUUCAGCCAAUUGUUUUGCACUUUCAGUAGACUGUAAAUAAAUGUUAAUUCAUUAUGUUCUAGGAUAUUUAUUUAUGUAAUAGCUACUGUGCCAAAAUAAUUUGGUUUUAUUUAUUUUGUUUAGCAUGUUAUGGGAGUGCAGCUUUUGUCUUUAUACUUUGUGUGCAUUUUAUGUGUAGGAAUUGUGUGAUGUAUGUUUUCUGUAAAUAACACGCAGUACCUUAUUAAAUGUAAUUGCCGGAAA